CUGCUUUUGACAAAAAGGCAAGAUGAUCCGCGGAGGAGUAAGAACAGUAGAGACAACUUGAACGCGAGAGUUGUGUCUUCAUUGUCGGCCAGAUCUGGUCACACCCACUUAGCAAUCGCAGUGUAUAUUCCGUGUUCGGUUGUUUAUGCAAUUUUGAAGAGUGAAUAUCAAAAUUACCUCCCCGAGAUGGAUGCUUUGAGGAAACAAGCUAGCAAGCUCAGAGAACAAGUCGCCAAGCAGCAGCAAUUUCAAGCUGUAAUAAAGCAGUUCAGUGGAACAGGUUAUGAAAGCUCAGAUGUAGUGGUCAUUGAUGAGAUUGAGAUGCAGAGGCACCAACUGCUAGAGAAACUGUACAGAUCCACUCGUGCUGGAAAGGAAUUCCAGAAAGAUAUUGUGAAAGCAGCGGAGGCAUUGACUGUCAUUGGGUAUAAGCAUAUUGAGACAGGAACCAAGUUGGCAGAGGAUUGCUGCAAAUAUGGAGCAGAGAACAUUGCUGAUACUGACAACCUUCUUCCUAAGGCUGCAGCUAUUUAUGGUGAUUCUCGUAAACAUGUGGAAAAGGAGCAAGAAGACUUUAACCGACUGUUGCUUUCACAGGUCUUAGAUCCCAUGAGAGCGAUGAUCAAUGGCGCUCCUUUGGAAGAUGCUCGUCAUCUUGCUCAACGUUAUAGUCGGAUGAGGCAGGAAGCAGAGACACAGGCAGCAGAGGUUUCCCGAAGACAAGCGCGGGUUAAGGAAGCUCCAACCCAUGAAAAUGUUGCAAAGCUGCAUGCUGCAGAGGCAAGGAUGCAGGAACUAAAAGCAAAUAUGGCAGUUCUUGGUAAAGAAGCUGCGUCUGCAUUAUCUGCUGUGGAAGCACAACAACGAAGGUUGACUUUCCAGAGGCUUGUUGCAAUGGUUGAAGGAGAAAAGAACCACCAUCUCAGAAUAGCUGCUAUAUUUGCUGAGAUUGAAGCUGAGAUGGUGUCAGAGAAGCAGCAUAAAGAGUCUGCUCCCCCAAUGAAUCUUCCAGUCAUGUCCGAGAAUUUCCAAGAGAAAACAACGUACUUCCUCGCUGAAGCAAUGCAUCCGUUUAGUGCUGCAUCGGAAAAAGAGCUGAGCUUGGCAGUGGGCGACUAUAUUGUUGUGCGAAAGGUGAACCAAUCAGGAUGGUCAGAAGGUGAAUGCAAAGGGAAGGCAGGCUGGUUUCCAUCGGCCUAUGUGGAGAAGCGCCAGAGAAUUCCCUCAAGUAAUGGGGCUGCUGAAGUUUUUUAGUUCUUUUGUUCAAAUGUAAUAAUUUAACAAGAGAGGGAAAAGAACUGCUGCUUUGUUUGCUUCUGUUCCAUUGAAAAAUUUACAUUUAUUCUGGCAUUACAUUCGCUCAUUCAAGUUACAAGACAAUGGCCUUUCUUUGUGGAAAGCUGGUUAUUUUUAACAAUGGGCAAGUCUGAGUAAUUCUGCUCU